AUGGAAGACCCUUCCAUCGACAAAGUAGCAAUAUCAGGGCCAGCCCUAGCCUCCAUGAUCCAACGCUUCUCAACCUCCCAAGGCUCCGUCGACGGUCUGAUCUUCGGCCACGUCAGCCACAUCGCCCCCACCCUCACCGACGACUCUCCCAAUUCCACCUCCUCCGCCACUCUCAUCGCCACCAUUACCGGCUUCUUCUGCUCCGGCUCCACCCACUCCUUUUACAACUCCUCCGGCCGGGUCGACCCGGUCCUCCUUCGCCGCCUGGUCCAGGCCCAGGCCCAAUCCCCCUCCGCCCACCUCCUCGGCUGGUUCUCCGGUCGCCGCAAAACCCAUCUCCGUCCCUCUCUCAGAGAAUUCUCAGUCUCCAACGCUCUCUCCUCCAACCCCAAUCUCACGUUCCCAAUCCAAAACCCUUCAGAAGGCCCCUCCAACCCUAAUCUCGUUCCUUCCCUCUUUCUCCUCUUCGCUUCUCCGAUCACCGAUCAGACCAUCCACACCCACGAGUACCGGGCCUACCACUUCCGUGCAUCCAAACACUCCUUCGAGCCCAAAUCAAUUCAAAUCGUCAACAUUGGGCCGGCGUUUCGAGCGCAGUACGAGAACUUCAGCCCCAACUCGCCUUUUCCCAAUUUGCCAUUCGAGCUGAGGGUUUCCCCGAUGAUCGUGGACAGAGGAGAGGAGAGUUUGGAUCAGUUGAGGCAAGUUAACAAGGACCAGAGCGAGUUGGAUAUGUGCAGUGAGGGGUUAGAGGUUGGGAGCCUCAGUAGGCUAAUGGGUUCGGAGGCUGCGAAUUACACGACUGGCGUGGAGGAUUUGUAUGAGAAAAUGCUUGUGAAGAUUGAAAGCUUGACCACGCUCGUUGAGAAGAGCUCCGCUAAGGUUCUUGAGCAGGAAAAUCUCAAUAGGAAGUUAAGGUACAAAGCUGCAAGGUCUGCUGCGUUGGAGUAA